AUGGAUUUGUCGUCCAGUGCUGGUCAGGGUAUCGGUGAUCCUCAAUUAGCGUCAUUUAUUGAACAAGAAAAUCAGAAGCAACGGUUUCAAUCGGUUGUUCAUUCACUGACUGAGCAAUGUUGGGAAAUCUGUAGUCCAAGUAUAUCAUCUCGACUGGAUGGUAAAAGUGAGACGUGUUUAGCCAAUUGUGUCGAACGAUUCAUUGAUUCGAGUAAUUAUAUUAUUAAUAAACUUGGUCAAGAAGGUGCUGCUGCUGUUGCAUCGAUGAAAUCUAAUGAAUUUAGCACAUCAACGGAUUUUUCAUUAGGUGCGCCGGACAUGGGCUUGCAAUCGCCGGAAUUUUCUUCAGGUUUUAGUUCAUCAACUAGUCAAGAAGAAAAGAAGAGUAGUUGGAGAUUUUGGUAG